AGCAAUUUCAGAUCGCGUUUUUUCAUCUCAGGAAAUACCCACCACACCUUCACCUCUCUCAGCAUCGCGAUUCUUCUCAACUUCGUGAUUCUUCACCUCUCUUAGCAUCGUAAUUCUUCAUCUUGCUCAGCAUCGUGAUUCUUCAUCUCUCAGCGAUGGCGAACACCUCAGAAGCAAAGCUCACGCCAGUCAUUGAUUGAAGGAAUUAGGGAUUUUAGAUUUCAGAUUUCCACAUUCUCAUCAAAACUGAUGUUUGUGCUCUCGGUUCUCAGUUCUCACUCAGAUUUUGGUCUUUGAUUGAAGGCAAUUAUGUGGUAAAGUGUUGAAUGUGAAAGCUUUAGAUAAACUACAACAUGAUAUUGUGCUCACUUUAUGCCAAUUGAGUGUCUCAGAUCAUUUUGGAUUAAAAAUCUUAGGAGCAAAGAACUAAGGAAGAUUGGAUAUGGCAACUAGACGCGUUCAUUACGCUCCUCUUGCCACGGAUGAGGAUGAUUAUAUUGGUGAUAGAAGUAGACCAUUUGACCCUCGAUUUGAUUAUAUCCCAAAAGCCUUGGAUAAAGUUCCCUGGAAAUCCAUUGUCCUUGCACUCUUCCUGUUAUUUCUCGGUACAGGACUACUAUUUCUGUCAUACUUUAUCUUCACUGGUCAUAUGGGGGGAGAACGGUCUCAAGCUUAUGGCCUUUUAGCCCUUGGCUUUCUUAGCUUUCUCCCAGGCUUUUAUGAGACUCGAAUUGCAUAUUAUGCAUGGCGGGGUGCCAAAGGAUUCUGGGUAAUGCUUUCUACACCAAUACAAAUUCAGGGUAAUGCUUCUACCAUUAGUGAAAGUGCAUCCCAUGCUUCAGCACAAAGUGAGCCCGUAGUUCCUACUUUCUCAUCCAUCCCAUCCAUCCCAUCCAUUAGUGUUGCAUCACAAAGCCCCCAAACUGCACACUCAUUUGACCAAAAUGACAAUCUUACGGAAGUUAACAGCCCAAUUCCUCAACCUGCGCAUAAGAAGAAUAAGUCGGAAAGAUAUUGGACAGUUGAUGUUAUUGAUGAGGAUGGAGUAAUUACAGUAGAAAGUUUACAAUUAGCAAGUUUGAAAAAGCUUCCUAUAAGUAAGAAGGUGGUCUUAAAAUGGAAUAAGGAGGGUCAACCCAUUGGAAAAGCUGCUGGGCUUUUGGGAGUAUUUUUAGGAUGCAUUGCUGCCAAAGCCGAGAAACUCUCAAUUAUCUAUGAGAGCUGGCAUUUAGUUCCAAACAAACCUAACAAGAUAUAUGUUUGGGACUCCAUUGUAAAGAGAAAAUUCCUAGUCAAUGAUGGGCAGCAUAAGAAGUGGAUACUAAAAAAUAUUGGAAAAAAGUGGAGGGAUAGUCGUGCGCGGUUGUUUGCUGAAUGUUAUAAACCUGCACUUAGUUGGGAAGCAAACCUUGAUAGGCGCCCAGAAGGCAUGCCGAUAGAGCAAUGGGCUUCUUUUCUAACUUACCGUCUGAAGGAGGAAACAAUGAAAAUGUCUGAAACGAAUGCCUUAAAUAGACAAAAACAAACUAUACCGCACACGCUUGGCACAAAGACCAUUGCAAGGAAGAGGCAUGAGCUGGAAAUUGAAACCGGCCGAUCAUAUAGUAGAGCGGAAAUGUACUCCAUUUCACACAAGAAAAGUGAUGGCUCUUUUGUAAAUGAAGAAGCAAAACAAAAGAGUGAUUUAUUGGAGAAGGAACUUGAAAAGAAUUGUUCUGAAGAGGCUGCCUAUGUUAAAGUUUUUGGGAAAGAUCGCUCAGGAUACGUGAGAGGCAUGGGCUUUGGUGUUUGUCCAUCUCAAGUGUUGGAAUCUGCUAGCAGCUCUAGUAGCUCGCAAUUUGCUGGCAUUUCAUUGGCUGAAUGGAAUGCCAUGAAAUCAGAAUUGCAGGAGAGCAAUGCGAAAUUUCAAGCUUUAGAGGAACGAAUGAAUUCUUUCAUGCAACAGUUUGGAGGUCAAGGGCCACCUAACCAGGUAUUGAAGCUUUAGAUUUCAAGUGUGUUCAUCUUGUUUCAAUGUUUCCCUAGCUCUUCACUGUUUUCUAUUUCUCUUUCACUCUUAUCUUUGUGACUGGACACUGGAAAAGUUGAUCAAUUUAUGGUGAUAAUGCUAAUGUGACCUUACUUCUAUUUUGUAGAGUUAAGUACAAGUCCAAUUUAUUUUGUCAUAUUUAGUAUUUUGCAUUAAUCUCCUAUCCACACUUAUUAUGUGAUAAACACUUAUUUUGUAAGUUGUACUUGAUCAUAUUAUACUUCUAUUUUGUAAGUUACUUUUUAUGAAUCCUUUAAAUACAUUUGGGUGGAUGAAA